AACGAGACAGGCAGGCAGGAAACAUUUCUUUUUCAAUUAACAAUAAUUUAUUACCCACCAGCGAUUCUCUCUCCUCAAUUCCCCGCUUUUUGUCCCAAGAACCCUAGGACUCUGAAAUUCUGUGUCCUGUGCCCGCACUGCAUCACCCAAAAUCGAAUCUUUCUGUUUGUUUCCUCUACCCAUUAUUCUUGUUCUUCGGCUUCUCAGUAUAAUCAUCAAUUUUCAAAUGGCGGUCUAGCAGUUGCCGUUAGGGUUUCGUUGUUGUUCACCCACAACCACCGUCAUUUCUGAUCCAGAGACCAGAAUGGCCUUGUAAUUAGCUUUUUUCUCAAAUUAAGGAGUUUGGCAUGCUUUGUGUUGAAAAUCAUCUUAGGGUUUCUGCAAAUUGGGAUCUGGUUGGCCGGAUUUAGGGGUUUCGGUGUGUCCGGCAGUAAUGGCGACCGACUUGCAGAUGAGCCCUCAGUUGGAGCAGAUCCAUGGCGAAAUUCGCGACCAUUUUCGUGCUCUCGCAAAUGGAUUUCAGAAGCUGGAUAAGAUUAAAGACUCCAAUAGACAAAGUAAACAACUUGAGGAACUUACAGGGAAAAUGAGGGAGUGUAAAAGAUUAAUCAAAGAGUUUGAUCGUGAAAUCAAGGAUGAGGAGGGAAAAAACCCACCUGAGGUCAAUAAGCAACUCAAUGAUGAGAAACAAUCCAUGAUCAAAGAGCUCAAUUCAUAUGUUGCCUUGAGAAAAACGUAUAUGAGCAGCCUCGGUAAUAAGAAAGUUGAACUCUUUGAUAUGGGUGCAGGAGUUAGUGACCCUACAGCUGAUGACCAUGUACCAGUGGCAUCAUCAAUGUCAAACCAAGAGCUCGUCAAUGCUGGGACAAAGACUAUGGAUGAGACUGAUCAGGCCAUUGAACGCUCUAAAAAGGUUGUUGAGCAAACUAUUGAAGUGGGAACUCAAACUGCGGUUACCUUGAAGGGUCAAACUGAACAAAUGGGACGCGUUGUCAAUGAGCUGGACACAAUUCAGUUCUCAAUCAAGAAGGCCUCCCAGCUUGUGAAGGAGAUUGGUAGGCAGGUGGCUACAGAUAAAUGCAUCAUGCUUUUUCUGUUUCUUCUUGUCUGUGGUGUGAUAGCCAUUAUUGUUGUGAAGAUUGUAAAUCCCAACAAUAAAAGCAUCAGGGACAUCCCAGGAUUGGCGCCACCAGCUCCCACAACGAGGAGGCUCCUGUAUAUCGAGGCUGCAGAACUUUAUGGGUAGAGCCCUCAUUUCCAAAAGGGGUAUUUUUUUUCUCCUGUCUCGACAAUGUGAUUCUUGAUAUGGAUGGGCACGAAGGCAGGACGUGGGAGUAAUGCUGCUUGUGGGUGUUGAUUGUUUUUUCCCUCUCAAAUUCCUUUUUUCUUUUUGGCCAGAGAUGUGCAUAUCCUGUUUGCUAUGCUCAUUUUGUGUAAAUCACGGGAAGACGUUACUUGCAUUUGUUUCGAAGGGCAAGCCUUUUUCUUCUUUUUACUUUUUCAUUUUCUGUAAACAUAAAAGAUUGUCAUAGUGUUAGGAAGAAAAUAAUGUGCUAAUGAGGUCUUACUGCAUAUUCUCUCUUGUACAUGCCCCUCGAUGGAGUAAAACUUUAUGAACCUAUUUUUGAGCUUUAAAUAUUUAUAUGCAUUGUUAUGUA